UCUAGCGCACGCGCCGCAGCCGCAGCCGCAGCCGCAGCCGUUAUAACCAUCCGCAGCAGCCCACGGUCCGCUCUCGCUGGCUCGCGGCGUCAUCGUCUCGUCGUUCGUGUCUCCCCUGCCUGUUCACAAUCUGCCCAAGCCUUCGCCGACCGCCAUGCCCCGCCGCCGCGCCGCGAGGGUUUGAGUGAAGGCUAGUUUUUUUCGGCCGAGCGGUUUCCGGGCUUUGCGCCAAGGCGAUGGGGUGCAAGGGGUCGAAGCUGGACGAGCAGGAGGCGGUGGCGCUGUGCAGGGGCCGCGCCGACCUGCUGGCGGCGGCCGUGCGCCACCGCUACGCGCUCGCCGACGCGCACGACGCGCUGGCGGACUCGCUCGCGUCCGUCGCCGCCGCGCUCCACCUCCUCAUGACGGCCCCCGGCCAGCAGCGCCUCGCGCUGCCCGCCGCGCGCAAGGACGUCGACGCGCCGCCCGCGCCCGCGCCCGCCGCAGCCGCAGCCGCGUCCUCGCCGCCGCACUCGUCGUCGCACAUCAACUUCGCGCCGUCCUCCGACUCCGAGUCCGGCUCCGUGACCUCCUCGCCUCCCCACCGCCGCCGCCUCGCCGCCGGCUACGACCAGCUUCCCCAACACCACCCGCUAUCUCUCCCGCUCCCGUACCCGCAUUACGGCUACGGGUACGCGCCCGAGCCCUUCCCCUACGGUGGUGGGUACCCGCAGCCGCCGGGAUCGCUGCGGCUCUACUACGCGCGGAGCCGACCGCCCCCGGCCUCGGUCGCCGUCGUUGAGCAGCGCACCGCGGCAUCGGAGCGCGUGUACUACGGGUCCGUCGAGCCGACGGCCGGUGGGGACACGCGGUACUACUCGUACGGCGGCGGCGAGCCCGCUGGCAGGGCGACGGCGCCGACGCCGCCGCCGCCGUCCCCGCCGAGGACGACGUCGUGGGACUUCUUCAACGUGUUCGGCGACUACGACGUGUACGACAACUACUGCUACGACGCUGGCGGCGGCGCUGGUGGGGCCACGUCGGCGGCGUACACGCCGAGCAGGAGCUCGCGAGAGGUGCGGGAGGAAGAGGGCAUCCCGGACCUCGAGGACGACGACGCCGUCGUCAAGCAGGUGGCCGGUGAGUUCUCGGCCCCCGGGAGUGGCGCGCGCAGCCGACGCAGCUCGCUCGGCGGCGUCAGCAGCAGCAUUGCCGAGGUCGACGAAGAGGAGAAUUCUGUCGUCGAUAAGGAAGUCAUUGGCGCGCCGGCGCCACGGAACACUGCAGCGUCUGCGCCGACACCCCGGGGGCCCGUUGACACUACAGACGUUGCCGGGGAGAUCAAGGCGCAGUUUAUUCGAGCUGCGGACGCUGUCAGGGCACUUUCACCACUUCUUGAGGUCGGGAGGCGGAGGUACCACCACCGAAGCUCAGUGUACCAUGUUUCAUCUAGUAUGGUGUCAGCGAUUGCCUUGCCGCAUUCGGACCUGGGAGGCAUCGAGCUCUUGGAUUGUGGAAGUGAGAAGGUGUUGGGAGGAAGAAGCCUGUCUUUGACACUGGAGAAGCUCUUUAUGUGGGAGAAGAAAUUGUACGAUGAGGUUAAGGCUGAAGAGAAAAUGCGUCUGCUGCUUGCGAAGAAUGCAAAGCGGCUGAAGUACUUGGAUCUGAAAGGUGCAGAAGCUCAGAAGAUCGAUACGACCCGAAAUAUGGUCAGGAAGCUGUCAGCAAAAUUAAGAAUAUCUGUAAGAGUAAUUACCAAGGUUUCCAAAAGGAUAAACAGAGUAAGAGAUGAGGAAUUGUGGCCACAAAUUAAUGCCUUAAUCCAAGGGUUUGUGAGAAUGUGGCGAGACAAGCUGGACUGCUACCAGAUACAGUGUCAAGUGAUCUCAGAGGCAAAAAACUUGGAUUCAAUUGUCCCUGACGGAAGAAGUCGAGAAUUGGCAUUAGAGCUUGAACUAGAGAUGAUGAAAUGGAUUGUCAAUUUUUCCUCCUGGGUGAAUGAACAGAGGAGCUUCGUCAAGGCACUGAAUGGAUGGCUAUCACUUUGUCUUGACUACAAGACUGAAGAGACAGUCGAUGGAGUUCCUCCCUAUUCACCUGGAAGGGUGGGUGCUCCCCUUGUGUUUGUCAUCUGCAACAGCUGGUCUCAAGCCAUGGAUCGGUUCUCCGAGAAGGAAGUGGUUACCUCUAUGCAAGCUCUUGUGUCCAGUGUGCGCAAGCUAUUGGAGAAACAAAAUGUUGAACAAAUGGAGCAGAUGAUUGUUACACGGGAAAGAGAAAGGUGGAACAAAAUACUGGAAAAGAAGACUGUAGAGAUCAACAAGGAGGCAGAUGUGCUGAACAGGAAGUUGGCUCUGGUACCAGGCCGGCACAGCCGUCUUCCAAGCGCGCAAACAUACCAGGAACAUCUUCUUGACGCAAGCAGUUUGCAGAGUAGCUUGCAGCGCGUAGUCCAAGCCCUAGAAAGCUUCACCUCCAAUUCGCUGCAAGCAUUAGAGCAGACCCUGAGACAUGCCGAAGAGGAAAGGUCAUCCAGAGAGAGCGCCAAAGUUUCAUAGUGAACAAGAAUGUAACAUUAUGAGCAUGUCCUCAUUGGGAGGCGUUGACGCAGAACAUACUGGGCAAAUGCUGCUCACAUAGAAUUUUUUGGUGGACAAAUCCUGACUUCUGAGUUUAACUGACCCUGUCUCGUCGAUGUAGUUUAGACGAAGCUCUCAUCGGCGUUCAUCAGAGUAGAUAUAUGUAGCAGCAAGUUUUUUUUAUAGGCGAAGUGCACUUUUUGGUGGUGGUAUGCAAACGAGGCGCAUUGAGUUUCGUAUCACUGUAUGUUAUUUUGCUUGUUGCUGAUGUUAAUAUAGAAGAAUCCUUGAGUGCGUUGAACAAUGUGUUGUCCAUGGAAUGCAGUUUGCUAACUGCUAAAGUAGUCAAGUAUAAGUUAAUUGUCAUCUUGAAA